ACUGCGCCUCCUCCAGCCUCACCUUCAAGCCCUGACACAGAACAACACCAAACCUUUUCUAACUUUACGACAGGUGCUUGAGUUUUACACAUAAAUAAGAGCUUCAUUAGCCAGCAGCGGCUGCAGCGAUGGUCGAGGGGAAACCAUAUCGAUACGGGCUGAUAGUUGCGGGGCUGUGUGUGGCGGCAGUCGGCCUCUUCAUCAUGACUCAGGAGCAGCCACACAUCUAUGCCACAAUGUGCACUCUGGGCAUCACUAUGGUGUGUGUUGGGACUGCAUGGAGCCUCUGCCAGUGCUAUCCGAAGGUGAUUCUGGGUCCUGAGAUUCAAGAGAAAAGUCCAGAGGAUGUGGUGUGUACUGCAGCUGGAGCAAGGCAUGCUGAGGCUCUGCCAGGUUUCUGUGGCCAAAAGUCGAGUAGCAGCAGACUUCUUCCCGAAGCCCUGAAGAGCCACAGCUGUCCUACGCUGCACCUGGUCUGAAGCAAGGACAUCAUCAUCCUCCUCCUCGCUGGUCCAAUUAAAUCACUACACCACACUGCACUCAGGACAGAUCCUCUGCUGUAUUUUUAUAACCUGUAACAGCUGGAUUUAUUUUGUUUUUUGCUUUUUUAUAAAGUGACUGAUUUUGUGUCAGAAGUCUAAAUAAAGUUGAAUAUGCACUGCAUCUUAGAUCCAGAAGAUGGCACUAUUUACUGUGUGAAAGAAAGAGGCUGUGUGUGUUUAGCACAUUUGAGGGACAGUGAGUGACACUGAGCUGGCCUACAUUUAUUCCACUCAGGCACAUUUUUGCCCCAUAAUGUGAUUAAAGCAACUUUCUUAAAGGGACAGUUCACCCAGAACUCAAGACUACAUAUUUUUCCUCUUACCUGUAUUUACCUCCUCGUGCUAUUUAUCAGUUGUUUUUGUGUGAGCUGCUAAUUGUUGGAGAUAUCGGCUGUAGAGAUGUCUGCCUUCUCUUUAAUAUAACGGAACUAGAUGGCGCUCAGCUUGUGGUGCUCAAAGUGCCGAAAAAUACAUUUGAAAAACUCAACAAUAAUGUCUGUUUCCAGCAAUCAUGACCCGGUUACUCAAGAAGAUCCACAGACCUUGUUGUGAGCAGUUUCAUGUAGGGACUAUUUUUUUGCUACCGAACUACACCCAGCAACUGUAUAAUGGCACAGGUGGACGUGUGCACCUACUCAUGGACGAGAGGCUGAUGCUUGUGACAGCGUGAGAUGUAAACAAACUAUACUACACAAACUGUCACACUACACUGUCAGUAAAACAACUUGAUUGACUUUUGGUUUCACACUGGACAUGAACAGCAAGCUCCUGGAUGAAAGUCCUGAGUUUGUUUGACCCAUCCACCCCAUGAAGGCUUUCUUGCUAUUUAUACUACAGUAGUUGCCUGGAACAUCAUCGUAUGCGGCUGCCUGGGUUGUUGUAUACCAUUGCUGAAGUGUGCCUCCAUGCAUCGGUGUCUAAAACCGGAUUUAUACUUGUGCGUCAGCUCUAUGCAGACCCUACGCCGUAGCCUAUGCAUGUGGCCUACGCCAAUGUGAGCAUUUAUACUUGUGUGGUGGUGUGUCUGUGUCACUCUGCAGUUACACCUCCAAAACACUAGUUGGUGACAGGAUUUCUGUGAAGUGCUGUAAAGUUUAGUUGAUUCAAAACACACAUUAAACACACAUUAAACAUGACUUAAUAGCAAUAAUUUCAAACACAAGCACACAAAUCAGCUUCACUAUAACUCGCAGCAUUCACAGACAAACACUUGUCUUUAUCUGGACACAUUUUCCCCACAAAUACAACAUGCUAACAUUAUUACCACAAGCCUAUAGCAUUUUACAUUGUAUAAAUUAGCCUAGUGGCUAGCCGACUUUUCCUCUACUCAUAUGAAGCCAGGGACAACAGCAACAUGUAACAAAGGUGAUGUUACAAAAUUUGGCUGCAUUACAACUCACAAGGUUCACUGACAAAACAACUGUCUUAUACUAAACUUGUUUUCCAAACAAAUACAACACGCUAACAUUAUUAGCACAAGCCUAUGGUAUUUUACAUUGUAUGAAUUAGCCUAGCAACAAGCGGAGAUUUCCUCCACACAUAUGAAGCCAGGAUAAAUCACACACAGGACUUAAAAUGCUAUUUUUGUGGAGGCUUUAUUGUCUUCACAAUUUAUUGUUUCUCAUCUAUGAAAUAAAAGUAAAUAAAAGCUUUGUUUCCACUGAGAGAAAUGGUUUCAGUUUUCAAAGACAGACAGUAGGUCUGUGUUGCAGUGUCAUAUGGUUACGUUUCUGGGGAGGUGCAAGUCAGGCUACAGUGUAGGGUAUGGCAUCAAUUUGACACAGAAGUGUAAACACCGCUAAACACCGACCAAGUAACCGGGUCAUGAUUUCUGUAAAGAGACAUUGAUGUUUAGUUUUUAAAAUGUGCCAUUAUGUUUUCUUAUAUUUGACAGAGUGCAGACAUCUCUGCGGCCGAUAACUCCAACACUCGGUCGCUUACACAGAAAUAAUCCAUAUUGCUCAAGAGCACCACAGGUAAGAAGAAAAUAUGCAGUUUUGAUUUUCGGGUGAACUGUCCCUUUAAUGUUUUGUGUUUUACAAGAGGCAAUGACCAAAACCAUUAUUAUUAUUAUCAUUCAUGGGUGGACAGAAACAUGACUACCCAAUGAACGAUGAUGUCACUUCCUGCUGCUGGCUGUGUAAUAAAGCAACUGUUUGCAAACACAUUCAUCACAGAAACUUUUAAGGUGAUAAUAUAACAGUGUUAUUUUUACAGCCUGUUACCAAGAUACACAAUAUUAACUCUUCUAUCAUUCUCCUUUACAGUGAGACUGUUGCAGUCAUAACUUGUGUCUCCGGUCAAUGACAGAAUGCCAGAUGUGCACUUAACAAAGCCUCUGAAGAGCCACAGAGGACACAGGCUGAGUAAUAACU